AUGAUUGAUUGGAGAUUGGAUGUGACAUCUUACUCUAAUUGUUCAUUCUGUACAGAGGUUAGCAAUCAAAUGCUAGAACUGUAUGAACAAAACAGAUUACCGGCUUCUCAGGCAAGUGAAGUAGAAGGAAGUUCUGGUGCUGCGGUUAGUCAUCGAGCCCCUUCAAAAGAUCCUUAUGACAAUGAUGAACAUGCAACAAAUAAUAGUAAUUCUCAGGGUGGAGGUACAACUUCAAAGCCUGGAGCCUUGAAGCCAGCAUCAUCUCGGUCUGUCCCUGAUCAUUCAUACGCUGAUAGUCAUGGUGGGGUUUCGAAAACCAUCCAAAAUCGAAGCAAUGACUAUGGAAGCACCGAGAUAAAGAGUGUUUCAGACCAAAAAGGUGAUGGUGAGGUUGUUAAUCAACACCAUGAAUCAGAGCAGUCACAUUACCAGGAAAACAUGGAGGAAGUCCAAAAUUCUAGGUUUGGUUUGGAAGGACACAGUGAAGAAGAUCAAGAAAGGAACAAUGCUGGGAGACGUGAAGCAAGAGAAGCCCAUGUCCGAAAUGUGGAGCUGAGAGAUGGUACACUUGGCCAGUCACCCCAAGAAGCUAUGAAAAAGAUUGACAAAGACAAGGUAAAGGCAGCACUAGAGAAACGGAGAAAGUCUCGUGGUGAUGUAAGUCGGAAGACAGACGUGAUGGACGAGGAUGAUCUCAUCGAGAGGGAACUGGAAGAUGGUAUUGAAAUGGCUGCGGAGAGUGAGAAGGUCAAGCGGGAGAGGAGGCAAAGCUGGUCCAAAUCUUCGAACUUGCCAGAUCAUGAGAAUACACAUCAAGGAAUGAAAGGGCAGUCCUCACAUGGACAAGAUUUUGAGAAUGUGGAAGAAGGUGAGCUGGCGGGAUUCGAUGAUGCUGGCCAUGGAUAUCGAUCACCAAAGUCGAGCAAUCGCAAGAGAAAGGCGGGAAGCCCACCAGACAGACCACUGGAGGGAAAGCAGCAGCGGCAUGAUUAUGUAGUUCCUGGGGCCCACCACCAUAAUCACCAUGUAUUUCCAGAAGAUAGAAACAGGUUGGGCAGAAUUGGAUACUCAGAACGGGAUCAAAAAAGGCACGUACCGGAAAGUCAUGUCUAG